UGCCCACAGAGCCCGGCGGUUGUCUUUGGUAGAAUACAGGAGGGGUUGACCAUUGCUUUCUCCCACGCAGGAUGAGAUGAUGCAUCUUCCUAGAUCGCUGCUGCCUGAUAUAGGAUGAUUGAGGAGAGUGGCAAGAGGAGGCGGACGGCGGCAGAGAAGAGGCAGCUCUUCAUGGAAAUGCGGGCUCAGAAUUUUGAUGUCAUCAGAUUGUCCACAUAUCGGACUGCCUGCAAACUGAGAUUUGUGCAGAAAAGAUGUAAUCUUCACCUUGUGGAUAUCUGGAAUAUGAUUGAAGCCUUCCGAGACAACGGCCUUAACACAUUGGAUCACAACACAGAGAUCAACGUGUCUCGACUAGAAACCAUCAUUUCGUCCAUCUACUACCAGCUGAAUAAACGCCUUCCAUCGACUCACCAGAUCAGUGUGGAGCAAUCCAUAAGCCUUCUCCUCAACUUCAUGAUAGCAGCAUAUGACAGCGAGGGUCAUGGGAAGUUGACUGUAUUUUCCAUAAAAGCCAUGUUGGCAACUAUGUGUGGUGGGAAAAUUCUGGACAAAUUAAGAUAUAUCUUCUCUCAAAUGUCAGAUUCCAAUGGACUGAUGGUAUUUUCAAAGUUUGACCAGUUUCUGAGAGAGGUUCUGAAACUCCCGACCGCUGUCUUUGAAGGGCCUUCCUUUGGGUACACGGAAAACUCGGUGCGGACUUGUUUCCCACAGCAGAAGAAGGUCAUGCUAAACAUGUUCUUGGAUACACUAAUGGCUGAUCCGCCUCCUCAGUGCCUUGUGUGGCUGCCUCUCAUGCACAGACUUGCCCAUGUGGAAAACGUCUUCCAUCCUGUGGAGUGCUCUUACUGCCGGUGUGAGAGCAUGAUGGGCUUCCGCUACCGAUGCCAGCAGUGCCACAACUACCAGCUCUGCCAGAACUGCUUUUGGCGCGGCCAUGCCAAUGGCCCUCACAGCAACCAGCAUCAGAUGAAGGAGCACUCCUCUUGGAAAUCGCCUGCCAAGAAGCUGAGCCAUGCCAUUAGUAAGUCUCUGGGUUGUGUGCCUGCUAGGGAGCCGCCUCCUCACCCGGUCUACCCGGAACAGCCGGAGAAGCCCCUUGACCUGGCCCGUCUAGUCCCUUCCCGGCCCCUCGCCAACAUGAAUGAUGCCCUGGCUACCCACACGUCCUCCGGAGCUCCAACGCCAACGAAAAGGUUGCCGUACAGCCCGCUCCCCUCCGCUCGGCUCAGCGAUGAGCACGCCCUGAUCGCAGCCUACGUGAGCCGGCUGCAGAGUGGCGCACGCGUCCUGGACAGCCCCAGCAGACUGGAUGAGGAGCACAGGCUUAUCGCCCGCUACGCUGCCAGGUUGGCCGCUGAAGUUGGAAAUGCGCCACGGCCACCGACUGACCUGGGGUUCAACUUUGAUGCCAACAAGCAGCAGAGGCAGCUGAUUGCGGAGCUGGAGAACAAGAACAGAGAGAUCCUGCAAGAAAUCCAGCGCCUCCGGCUGGAGCACGAACAGGCCUCCCAGCCGACGCCGGAGAAAGCCCAGCAGAACCCGACGCUGCUGGCGGAACUCAAGCUCCUGCGGCAAAGGAAGGACGAGCUGGAGCAGCGGAUGUCUGCCCUGCAGGAAAGCCGGAGGGAGCUGAUGGUGCAACUGGAAGGGCUCAUGAAACUGCUCAAGGAAGAGGAGCAAAAGCAGGCAGCUCAGGCAGCGGGCUCUCCACACACUUCCCCUACCCACGGGACUGGCCGCCCCAUGCCAAUGCCAGUCAGAGCCACGUCUGCGGGCUCCACCCCAACCCACGUACCCCAGGACUCCCUGGCAGGCGUGGGGGGAGAUGUUCAGGAAGCCUUUGCACAAGGGACCCGGCGGAACCUCCGUAAUGAUCUGCUGGUAGCGGCUGAUUCCAUCACCAAUACCAUGUCCUCUUUGGUGAAGGAGCUCCAUUCAGGAGAAGAAGGAGGUGAAGAGGAGGAGGUCAAGAUACAGAACGGGAAAGACCGAGGCUAGUGGGAGGUCCCCGACAGGCCAGCCAUUCAGGUAAAGAGCAAGCUCCUGUCCUCAAGAGGCCCACAUCCUUCAGACCAGGCAGGCUCCAGCCGGCACGUCCACCCACCAUUGCGAAGCUGCGAGGACCACUCCUAGCCGGGCAGCAGCCUCCUCCGGACAGACUGAGCGGCUUUCCUGGGGGGCGGGGGGGAGGGCAGGGGCGCAUCUCCCGGGGAGGGGGGGGGGGGUUGCAUGUCCUGUUCCGUCGGUGUCCCGGUGCUCCUUGGACAGAGCCUCCUCUCCGUUGCCAGCAAGGACGCUUCCGAGAGUGGCGCUUCUCAGAAGGCUGCCAGCCUCCUUCCCGUUGUCGCGGCUUCCCUCCAAGCAACAUCCUUGCCUCCUCGCGCACGAGCCCUUCCGCCGGUGACCUUUGCUCCCUCGUGUGCACCUUGCGAAGCGGGCAUGUGGCUGACCGGGAUUGGGGGGGGGGGUUCCUUGUGUGCAGCACGGAAGGCGCAGCAGGCACGGACUGCUCCGUUACAGGCACCGUCUCACUUUCCCACCAGGCCCCCCCCCGCCCCCCCCCCCCGGUCAGUGAAUGUCUGGGGCGUGUAGCCAGGUGCUGGGACAGCCACACAGUGCCGGUAAGGAACAGGGCGCGGGGGGCAGGGGCUGCCGUGUCCCACGGCUCAGCAAGGUGUGUGGGGCAGAGCAGGAGGCAGGUUGUCCAGGCCCACAGGGCAGUUCUCCUGCACAGGCCGUAGGGAAAGGAACAGGGCCUGCGAGGGAUGCCCGGGGGAGACCUUGCGGAUGGGCCGAGCUCCACGUCCGUCCACUGGAUGGGUGUAGCCCUUGAGGUGUUCCCUUUGAGCACCAGGCCUGGCAUUGGGGGGCUGCCUGGUGAGGAUGGGACCUGGCUUGAGCGGCAACUGGUGUGAAGCGCUCUGGGCUUGUUUUCCUGGCCACGGCCCUCUCCGCGUGGGGCGUCUGGUGCCAGCGGACGGCAGUCCUCCCGGGCCGCGGCCGCUGCCUUCCGGAGCAACUGGGCCAGGCUGCUCCCGUCACUAGCUGUCUCCCUGUUUCUCGCUGUUUCUAGCCACUAGCCGGAUGGCUCUAGGAAGGGCUUAGCCAGAUUCAGGGGGGCAGGGCUCUCAGGCAGGCUACUGGUCUGGUGGCUGCUGUGGGCCACCUCCAGCCUCUGGGGCAGGAUGCCUCUCCGUCCCAGUGGCAGCAGGGGAGCAACCGCAGCAGGAGAGGGGCAGGCACAGACCUCUUGCCUGGGGGCUCCCCAGAGGCAGCAUCUGGUGGGCCUCCUUGGACCUGAUCCAGCCGAGUCUCGUGUGCUGAUGUUCUUCCUGGGACUCUGCAAAGCCCCUCUUAGCAGUGGAGCUGGUGGAGCUAGUUGGCAGAAGGCAGGGGGUGGAAGCCAGCCAGGGGCCGGGAGCCCCCUCCGCCCCGCCUGAGCUGGGAGGCCGUGCUGGCCCUUGGGCGAGGGAGCUUGCCAGUUCCUGGUCUCCCUGGCUGAGGGAGGGAGGGAGCGGCCCGCUUGGCUGGAGCUUCGGUUCCCCUUCAGCAGAGGGAGUGGGCUGAGGAGCGAGGUUGGCCUGCUGGGGGGUGGGUGGGCUCCCUGCCUGCCUGCCUGCCCCCCAAGCCCGUGAGCAGCGGCAAGGGAGCCUCGCUGGCUCUUCCAGAUGUGGCUGGUGCUGGGUUUGCUGGGAGUGGGCUGGGGAUCGGGGCAGAGGUGCACAUGCGGACCCGUUCCAAGCGCACACGUCGGCCAGCAUCACGCUCAGCCCUUCCCGGGCUCCGAGUGGGGGGCAGGGCAGGUGUGACCCCCCCCCCCCCCCGAGGAGGCCAUAGGGCUCUCUUGCUCUUCAGGCCAACUUCCAAGCACAGCUUUGAUUCUGGCGAGCCCAGCAGAAGUUGCGCCUGGAGGCGGCUGGCCCCGGAGCCCUUUCAACUGGCCCCUUGGUUAGGGUGGCCAGUGCAGGGCUGGGCCCGUCUCCCUCACUGGCCGGCCAGAGAGACUCGCAACCAAGGCCCUCCCCCCCCCCCCCGCGCCAUGGCCGGGUCAGGGCUGUCGUCCCCCCUUUUGGGGCAAGCUGCCAGGGACAGGGGGGCCUUCCGUGCGGCGGCCACGUCUUGGUCCAAGCCACCCCUGCUGGGGCCCUCACAACCUGGGGCGACUUCUUUGGCUCUGGGGCUGGUAUGUUGGCAGGACCAGCCUCCGAGCCCCAAAGGGCCCCUCGUCGUGGGGGUCUCCAGCGUCAUCCUGGCCCUGGAGAAGCUUUGGCCUCUGGCCUGCCCCGUGGAGGCUCAUCCGGACAGACCACAGGGGGGCAGCCCCCCCCCCCGUCUGGGAGCCCCACUCCCUGCAGGCUGCCUGUCUCUCGGGUCGCCUUGCCUGCCUGACUCGGCGUCUCUCCCCACGGAAGGGCCAGCCUGCGGACGGGGGGGGGGGCUCUCGGCCGGGGGGGAGGGGCUGCCAGGAAGCAGAGGCAGCUGCCCCUCCUCCUCCUCCUCCUCCUGGGGCGCCCCCCCGGCUCCUCCCCCCCAGCCCCUCCCAGCCCUGCAGCGGACGGCUCAAGUGCUCCCAGGCGGUUGUCUUCCUGCGGCUGAGAGCUGCCUCCCGCCCCCCCCCGCUCCCCACAGCGCUGCCAGGCCCCUUUGGGCAACCCCCCAGCCCUCUGAAGCGCUCCGCGUGGCUGCUGAGCCGUGGCCAGGGGCCCUCUUGCACCCUGAGCCUCCAGCUCUCUCCUGCCCCCCCCCGGGGCCAUUUGCAAGCGGGAGGGAGGGAGGGAGGGGGGAGCAGCGGGGCCGGGGCCAUUCCUGCAGGAGGCUCCGGUGGGGUCUGUCCUGGUCCCAGCCCGGCCUGCGUCUGUGGAGAAAGUGCCCCCCCCGCCUCCGUGGCCUGCUCCUGGAUCCCUUCGGUGGCAGCAGCAGCGCCGUCUAUUUCAGCCCACAACGCAGUUUAGCAGAUGCUUCAUAUUACUGGAGCCGGGGGGGGGGGGGGGCUUGUGGGCUGGCUUGCAGCCAGGCUCUGUCCCUGCUGCCGGAGAGGAGGCCGCUGGCCGCUCCCUUGUCCCCCCCCCGGCCUGCCCGCCCCAGCAGCUUGGGAGCGGCUCUCUGGCUGGCAGCAGCGCUGCGGAAGACAGGUGGGCCUGCCCGCUUCAAGGUCGCCUGCCCCCUUGGAAGGGCACCGGUCUCCACUGGCCUGGCUGUAGCAGUGGGGGCUCUGGGCUUGGGCGGCGGACAGGGGAGUCUGGCUCGGCUGGGGGGGGGGGGCCUUUGGGGGCCGAGUCCCCCCUGCCUGCCUCAGAGGGGGAGGCCUCUGAGCUCCUGCAGGCAGUGCAGCCCUUGGGCAGCAGAGAGAGAGGAGCCGCCCGCCCAGCGGCUGAGCCCCCUUUGGUGCCCCCCAGAGGUCGGGCUGCCGGCCAGUGUGGGGAGCGUGUGCUUGCUCAGCCCCUGCCCUGAUCCAAGUGUCUGGCUCACACCACCACCACCACGAGGAAUAUUUACAUGCUGUAGAUCCCUGUCAGGAAGGUGACAGAGAUCCCUCUCCCCAAAGGGUUCACAAUCUAAACAGGACCAUAAGCUAGCCACCAGCAACAGCCACUGGAGGGAUGCUGUGCUGGGGAUGGAGAGGGCCAGUUGCUCCCCCCCGGCUCAAAAGAAGAGAAUCACCACUUUAAAGGGUGUCUCUGGGCUCAGUUGGCAGCUCAGUGACCACUGACUUCUUGUCCCCGAAAAUGACUGGGGUGGGGUGGGGAGGGCUCGCUCUCUCACUUGCACUUUGCGGUGGACGGGGGGGGGCAGGCCUUCCCUCGGGCAAUGGCGCCUGGUGCUGCUUCUCCAGGGUCUGCUGUGCAUGCAGGAGGUUCCAGCCCCCCCCCGCGCCCCCUUUCCAGGCAGGGCUGGGAUAGAUCCUGCUCUGUCUGCAACCCUGGGGAGUCUUUGCCCGCCAGUGCCCAUCGCAGAGUCCUACCAUGGGCGGGCUCCUUGGCAUCCAUCUAGUCCCACCCACCCCUGCUCAGCGGGCAGGGCAGCCGGAGCCAGGGGGUCCCCGAGAGGGGGCUGUCUGGGGAGGGGGAGGGAGGGCCUCCCCAUCCCCUUGCCCUGGCGCUCAGCCCCCUCCCAGCUCCUCUCCGCUGUCCCGCUCGGCUCCUUGUUCUCCUGGGUUGCGCUGGCGAAGCACAGACAAUGCCCAGCCUGUUUGCCGCCUGCCCUGCCCGGCUGGCUAGCUAGUCCCCCUCCCAGCCCUUGGCUUCCUGCAGUCAGGGAUGAUGGAGCCCCCCCCCCCCCGUCCCCGCAGAGCCCUGGCAAGGCUGCUGGGAAGAGAGGGAGCUGCCAGGCGCUGGGCCCCUCCCGCUCCGGCUUGCCUUCCCAGACCGGCAGCGGCUUCUUCAAGGGGGCCGGCAGGCAUCUCUCUGGGAGAUGCUGCAGCCAGGGAGGGCACCGGGCGGGCCUUCUGCUCUUCCCAGUGCGGCUCCAUCCCUGGAGGGGGAGAAUCUCUUCUAGUCUCCCAUCCAAGCGUGAGCCCUGGCAGGCCCUGCUUGGCAAAGGGGACCAUUGGGGCCUGCUCCCCAAGACAGACAGCCCGAAGGCUGAGCGGCUGUUCCCAAUAGCCCCCCUCCCCCCCCCCGCUGGACCCGUUUCUGUGCCCCUGUUCAGCUGCCUCCUUCAGAGGUGGGGCUUUUGUGUGUUGUGUGCAAACAGACAUCUCUGUGUUUUGGCAAAGAGGACAAUCUGGGAGCAGCAAACUUCUCUUCCCCCCCCCCCCGCCAUGGUGUUCGCUUUUCCUCUGGCUGGGCUGUUCUUGGGGGGGGAGGACAGCUGCAGAGCAGUUCAGCCCAUGGCUUCCUUGCAGAGAGAGCAGCCAGCGGUGUGUGUGUGUGUGUGUGUGUGUGUGCUUGGCUGCCUCCCUGGGGCCUGGGUCUGGGUGUGGGGGCUGCCCUGCAUGGGGAGUAGCACUCACUUGCCUCUGCCCCACGGAGGCAGCAGCAGCAGCCACUUCCAGGGGGCUUCCACUGUAGGGCUGGCAGGCUGCGGGAGGGGCUGGGCACUGGCACCUUUCCUCUUGGGGGGGCCUCUCUUGCCGCAGUGGGGGGGCCACUGGUGUGCCUCCUCCUCACAGACUGGCAGUGGGCUCCACCGCAGCUCUCCCCCCCCCCGGGAGGGGCCUGUGCUGGUUCAUAGUGGUGUUCUUGUUUGGCGGGGGGGGGUAUCUGCAUGACAUGCCGUAAGUGAGGCCUCGAGGGGGGGGGCUUCUUGGUGAGGCUCCUGGGAGUGUGCAGGACGUGUGUGGCAGGCCAGAGACUGGGGGGGGGGCAGAGGAGAGGAGAACUCGCUGGAGUGGGGGGGGGGUUGAGGGGGGAGGUCAAGCUGGCCAUGUUGGCCCUGGGCUGCCCAUGGUCAUGGGGCAGGGCACCCCAGCACCCACUGCCCGCAUUGCCCAGGCACGGUCAGCAUUCCUCUCCGGCCCAGUGGGGUGGGGGUGGCGCUCUCUCCGGCCCCAGGCAUGGCGAGGGCCCCGUUGGCACGCACACCUGGGGGCCAGGGCCGCGGGCAGAGGCUUGUGCCUUCGAUGGCAAGGAAGCAGGGGGGUCGGCAUUGGAAGGUCCUCCCUCCCGGCACUGUGCGGCCACCCCCUUUUUCCUGGAGGGCGAGGGGCACGUGUGCGUCCAAAGGGGUGGGGGGUCCUGUUCUCCUUGUGGCAAGGCCCCUUCUGGAGCUCAGUUGGGGGUGGGGCUUCCUCAUUGGCCCCCCAGUCUGGCUUGGUACUGGCUAAAGCCCAUCGUGGGGAGAUUUGUAACCCUUUCCGUUUACAACGGCUUCCCCGCUCUCUGUGUGUGGGGUGUGUGUGUGUGUGUGUGUGUGGACACACACAGGGCUGAAUGUGAGCUCUGAGUGCAGGGGUGGAUGUUUUCAUUUUGAAAAUGUUUAAAAUAUCUGGGAGAUUCUCUCCAUCUUGGGAACAAGUCUAAUGGAGAGCUGUGAACUGGAAGCCAUGUUCUCUCAUCUGCCAAAUAUUUAAUAAAUGAGUCCCGUCCA